AUGGCCAGCGAUGCUUCUCUCUCAACGCCACUCGGCCAGGCGUCUUGCGAGAGAUUCGCAAAGGCUCUUCGAUUUAUUGAAGACAUAACUUCAAAUGUAGAUCAGGUGCAAGAAAAGGUUUUGGGUGCUAUACUCGGCCAGAAUGCGAGAACUGAGUAUCUUCAGAGGUUUAAUCUUAAUGACGCUACAGACAAGGAUGCGUUUAAGUCCAAGGUUCCGGUUGUCACGUACGAGGAUCUUCUGCCAGACAUCCGACGUAUUGCCAAUGGCGAUCGCUCUCCUAUCCUAUGCUCCCAUCCCAUUUCCGAAUUCCUUACUAGUUCAGGGACAUCCGCUGGGGAAAGAAAGCUCAUGCCAACGAUUGCUGAAGAGAUGGAACGCAGACAGAAUUUAUACAGCCUUCUCAUGCCAGUGAUGCACCUUUAUGUGCCAGGACUAGACAAAGGGAAAGGACUAUACUUUUUAUUUGUGAAGGCUGAAAGCAAGACUCCAGGUGGGCUACUUGCACGUCCAGUCCUUACCAGUUAUUACAAUGCAGACCAAUUCAAGUACAGGCCAUAUGAACCUUACAAUGUUUAUACAAGCCCUAAUGAAGCCAUUCUUUGUUCUGAUCCCUACGAAAGCAUGUAUAUACAAAUUCUAUGUGGCCUCCUAAUGCGGGAAGAGGUCCUCCGGGUUGGGGCGGUGUUUGCAGCCGGCCUCCUCCGUGCCAUCCGAUUCUUCCAGCUCAACUGGAAACAACUAUCCGAUGACAUCUCGUCCGGAACAUUAAACCCAAAAAUCACUGACCCUUCUCUAACUGAAUGCAUGUCCAAAAUUCUUGAACCUAACUUGGAACUUGCUCAGUUCAUCAAGAAAGAAUGCCAAGGAGAAAAUUGGGAGAGGAUAAUCACAAGAAUUUGGCCCAACACCAAGUAUCUAGAUGUCAUUGUUACUGGAGCAAUGGCUCAAUACAUCCCAACCCUUGAUUACUACAGUGGUGGUCUUCCACUUGCUUGUACAAUGUAUGCAUCAUCCGAAUGCUAUUUUGGGCUCAAUUUGAAGCCAAUUUGCAAGCCUUCCGAGGUCUCUUACACCAUAAUGCCUAACAUGGGAUACUUCGAGUUCCUCCCACAUGACCCGGUCAACCCAGUGAAACUGUCCCGUGACUCACCUCCCCGCCUUGUGGACCUUGCGGACGUGGAAGUGGACAGGGAGUACGAGCUUGUGAUCACCACCUAUGCGGGGUUAUGCCGCUACAGAGUUGGAGACAUUCUCCGAGUCACAGGGUUCCACAACUCGGCACCCCAAUUCAAGUUCAUAAAGAGAAGGAAUGUGUUACUAAGCAUCGAUUCUGACAAAACCGACGAAUCUGAAUUGCAAAAGGCCAUUGACAAUACUUUGGUCCUUCUUAGUGAAUUCAACACUAGCAUAGUCGAGUACACUAGCUAUGCCGAUACCAAAACAAUCCCGGGACAUUAUGUUAUAUACUUGGAAUUGCUUAUAAAAGAUCAAGACAAUUUACCCAGUCAUCGAGUUUUGGACAAGUGCUGUCUGAUUAUGGAAGAGUCUAUGAAUUCAGUUUACAGACAAGGACGAGUGGCAGACAAUUCAAUUGGACCGCUUGAAAUUAGGGUAGUGAAAAAUGGCACAUUUGAUGAUCUCAUGGACUAUGCAAUUUCAAGAGGUGCUUCUAUUAAUCAGUACAAGGUUCCAAGGUGCGUCAAUUUGACUUCCAUUGUGGAGCUGCUCGAUGCACGUAUUGUCUCGGUCCAUUUUAGCCCAGAUGCACCGAACUGGACCCCAACACACUGCUGUUGA